AUGGUCUCAACAUACAAUAAGGAUAAACCAUGGGAUACUGAGGAUAUCGAUAAAUGGAAGAUUGAAGAGUUCAAGCCAGAAGACAACAAGUCUGGACAACCAUUUGCUGAAGAAUCAAGCUUUAUGACCUUGUUCCCCAAAUACAGAGAAGCAUAUUUGAAGAGCAUAUGGAAUGAUGUUACCAGAGCAUUGGAUAAGCACCACAUUGGAUGUACAUUAGAUUUAGUUGAAGGUUCUAUGACUGUUAAAACCACAAGAAAGACUUUUGAUCCAGCAAUAAUUCUAAAGGCCAGGGAUCUGAUAAAACUUCUGGCAAGAUCAGUGCCAUUUCCACAGGCUGUGAAGAUCCUUCAAGAUGACAUAGCCUGCGAUGUUAUCAAGAUUGGUAAUACAGUUGCUAACAAAGACAGAUUUGUGAAGAGAAGACAGAGACUGGUGGGGCCUAAUGGUAACACUUUAAAAGCACUUGAAUUGUUGACAAAAUGCUAUAUUCUAGUUCAAGGUAAUACAGUCAGUGCUAUGGGUCCAUACAAAGGUUUGAAAGAAAUACGUAGAGUUGUACUAGAUUGCAUGAAAAAUGUCCAUCCAAUUUAUCACAUCAAAGAACUAAUGAUCAAAAGAGAAUUAGCAAAGAGACCGGAACUCGCUAACGAGGAUUGGUCCAGAUUUUUGCCCAUGUUCAAGAAAAGAAAUGUUGCAAGAAAGAAACCAAGUAAAGUUAAGGCAGAAAAGAAGGUAUACACUCCAUUCCCACCUGCACAACUACCUAGAAAGGUUGAUCUACAAAUUGAAAGCGGUGAGUAUUUCUUGAGUAAGAAAGAAAAAGAAAUCAAAAAACUACAUGAGCAAAGAGAAAAGCAAGCCGAGAAGCAAAUUUUGAAGGAUGAGGAAAGAAGGAAAGAUUAUAUAGCUCCUAAGGAAGAUGAAUAUAAAAGUAGCCACAAAUCCACGAAAAAGAGGACAAGUAAUGAAGACAAAGGCGACAAAGAUUCAAAGAAAAGAAAGAGAGAAUAA